AUGCAAAAUGAUCAACCUUUAUCAUCUGAAGAAAUUAAUUCCGCUAAUAGGGCGACAAGCCUUUACCAAAAACUCAAGUCUAUUCUCUUUGAUUACGACAAAGCGAAUGGCAGUAGAGUCAUUCCCAUGCGAGUCCUCUGCGGGCUGUUCGCUGAAGUCUACCCUCCGACAGACCAAAAAUUGCAGCUAUGGAUUUACAAUUUCUCCGUCUUUGGGAGAGCCGCCGUGGAACUCGACUCUAAAGCGGGACGUCCACUUUACCAGCUCGUGGGCAAAAACCACAUAUGGCCAAAUUCCGUCAGAAGCCUUAUGGAAGCUGAGCCAGCGAUUCUUAGCACUCAGUGCGCCUUCGGAAGGCCAUUGGAAGGUGAAAUCAAUUGCUCGGUCUCUAACAAAAAACUCUUGGACAUUGCCAAGGCCAGCUCAGCGGCGAGACAUGGUGCCAACCCCGUUCCUUCAUCCUCUCAACAAAAGGGUAAAGGCCGUCAAUCGAGAAGUCCUCGUAAAUCCAGGAGCCCUCGUCGUCACUCUCAGCAAUCCAGCCCAGAGCUCCGUUCCCGCCACAGCCCAGAAAGACAUUGCCAGGCUAGCCAAGAUCUUUGUCGACAUUUCUCAAGGAGUCCCCUCGACGUCAAUUUGGCUCAACUAACCAAAUAUAACCCCAAAGGUAUUCAAUUUGAAAAAGCCUUUCAAACGUUUGUCAGCUCAGCUAGAAAAUCAUCAAAAAAGUUCGCCUUUCAAUCAGCAGAAGAAGAACCGCAAGACAAAAUCAUUGAUACCAUUGCUAGAGAAAUCAAACAAAUCAAGGUCAAAUAUAAAGAUGAUAUCAAGAGGGAAACAGAACUCUUUGAAGCUAGCCCAGCAAAGCCAGACCAAUGGCCAUAUUCCCAGAUUAAAGACCUCUUGGAGUAUAAAUUUGUGGACCUGGAAAAAGUCUAUGCGGAUAUAUAUGGCAAACCGGGAGCCAUCAAGAUGAUCAAAAUCAAUGAGUCUAAGGAUUUGGAGUUUGAUGAGAAGAUCAAAGGUGCCCCCAUCCUUGACAAAAGCAAUUGGCAUCACCUUGUCUCUCUCCUUAGCGCUACUUACCAGGCGGCCUUUCCCCCAGCUAAGAAAAAUAUCAAAAGUUACUUCGAGUACAUUCUGGAAUUGGCCAGCGAUCCUUCGACAGGCAUCCACUGGAUCGAUGUUCGAGACUUUGACUCGGUGCUACGCCUUCAAUUCUCUCGUCACUCCUGGAUUGCGUUCGGCGAUUGGACCAACCCCAAACUUAAGUACCUCGAGAACAAAAUCUUAUUCAGCAAAAUUAGUCGAAUUAAUGAAGGAGCUGAGAUCAUUAAGACACAAACUCACCAACCAAAGGCAUCGUCUUUGAAAACCCAGUUGUCGUCAUGGUCAAACCCUAAACAAAAACCCACCACACCAAAGCCCAAAAAAUCUAGGCUUAAUUUUUCCUACGAAAUCAACGACACCAGUUUGUGGAAGAUGGAUGAGGACGGUGACUGCAAGCAACAACAUCAAGUAUGCAACAAAGUGGGAUGCAAUGCCGAUCAUUGA